AGGCGGGGCUAGGCGGAGGGGGUGAUGGGGCUCUCCGAGGAGGAAGCGGGGGGGCCGAGGCGGCUCCGGCGGCGCGGCUGACCGACCUUCCCCGGCGGUGGACCGAGCGGGCGGCCCGUCCCCGCCGAGGCCCGGGCGGGGCUGGUGGUGGCCGAGCUAACAAGAGAGGAAUAGAAACUGUCAAGAUGAGCAGAAAGCCUCCAAAUCGUCCUGGGAUCACAUUUGAGAUUGGUGCUCGUUUGGAAGCACUGGAUUACCUACAAAAAUGGUAUCCUUCACGCAUUGAGAAGAUAGAUUAUGAAGAGGGGAAGAUGCUUGUCCACUUUGAACGCUGGAGUCAUCGUUAUGACGAAUGGAUUUAUUGGGACAGCAAUCGGUUGCGGCCCCUUGAACGGCCAUCGCUGAGGAAAGAAGGUCUAAAAGAUGAUGAUGAAUUUAUUGAUUUUAAACCUGGAGAGGAGGUUCUAGCUCGUUGGACAGACUGUCGAUACUAUCCUGCAAAGAUCGAAGCAAUUAACAAAGAAGGCACCUUCACUGUACAGUUUUACGAUGGAGUGAUUCGGUGUCUCAAAAGGAUGCAUGUCAAAUCUAUGCCUGAAGAUGCCAAAGGGCAGGCGCGUGAGAGGGAGCAGAUAGCGUCGGAGCUGAGAUUAGUGACGGAUAACGAGCCACAUAAAGAUUGGAUAGCUUUGGUCAAAGCUGCAGCUGUGGCAGCAGCCAAAAACAAAGCAGGAGUUAAACCGCGGACCAGUGCAAACAGCAAUAAGGACAAAGAGGAGAAAAAAUGGUUUAAAGUACCUUCAAAGAAGGAAGAAACUUCAACCUCCACAAUUGUCCAGGAAGUCCAGAAGAAGGAAGAACAGCCUACGUCCAGUGAGACAUUUGGAUUCCCUCUAGUGGACGUCCCAAAGAUUGCCUUUGUACAGGCAGCGAAUACAUUAACACACAAGAGGAAAAAUAAUCUAGGCAACUCCUUUCAGGCAAAGCGGGCUCGUCUUAACAAGAUCACUGGGUUGUUGGCUUCCAAAGCUGUUGGCGCUGAUGGUGCUGAAAAAAAGGAAAGCAACAAAGAAGCAGCUCCAGUCUUGGAGCAGGAGAUAUCACCUAAGCCUCAAAGUCAGAAAAAAAAUGAAGCUGAUAUUAGCAGUUCUGCCAACAUUCAGAAAUCUGCACUGUUGCCCUCAACUUUGUCUUCAGGAAAGGCUCGCAGCAAGAAAUGCAAACAAGAAUCUGGAGAUUCUGCAGGGUGUAUAAAGCCCCUUAAAUCACCAAUUUCCCCAGAGUUAAUACAAGUGGAGGAUUUGACCCUGGUGUCCCAGCUUCCUUCUUCUGUGAUAAAUAAAACUAGUCCACCACAACCAGUGAGUGCCCUUAGAUCCUCCAAAAAUAGCCAGCGGAGAAGAAGAUCACAGCGCUUAGAGACUGGUUCGUUGCCUCAUGAUUCUCUAGAAAAAGUUCGUUCUCCCUCUCCAGUCACUGAUGGAAAACAGUUCUCCAUCAAUGUCCCAAAUCAGCUGCCAGCAUUACUGGAGGUUCCCAAUGUUGCUCAUGUCUCACUCGAGAAGCGCGGACUGUGUCUUCCUCUUGACUUAAGCCGUAACUUGGAUGUUUCAGCGUUGUUAACUGCGGAGUCCACUUUCCGUAAUGAAUACCCUAGUAAAGAGAAGGAAGAGAAUCAGGUGGUUGUGUGUCAUUCUUCCAAGGCGGUAACUGAUGGAGGAGCAGCCCCAGUGGCAUCAGGAGCAGUGAAAAUGGAGAAAAGAGCAAAAUUGGAAGAGAGAGGUAAAAAGAAGGAAAAGGAUAAAGAAAGAAAAGAGAAGAAGGAAAAGGAUCAUAAAUCCAAACAGAAGAAGAAGAAGAAGAAAAAGAAAAAAUCAAAACAGCAUGAUUAUUCGGAUUUCGAAGACAGUUCUCUCGAGUACUUGGACAGGUGCUCCUCUCCGUUCACCAGGUCUUCUGGGAGCUCGUUGACACUGCGAAGCACGACCACAGAGAAGAAUACAUCCUACCAGUACCCCAGGGCUAUUCUGUCUGUUGACCUAAGUGGCGAAAACCUCUCUGAUAUGGAGUUUUUGGAUGACUCUUCUACUGAGAGUUUGCUCCUGAGUGGCGAUGAGUACAAUCAGGACUUUGACUCAACAAAUUUUGAAGAAUCUCAGGAUGAAGAGGACAGUCUCAAUGAAAUUGUCAGGUGCAUCUGUGAAAUGGAUGAAGAAAAUGGCUUCAUGAUUCAGUGUGAAGAGUGUCUGUGUUGGCAGCACAGUGUGUGUAUGGGGUUGUUGGAAGACAGCAUUCCAGAACAGUACAUCUGCUACAUUUGCAGGGACCCGCCUGGUCAGCGAUGGAGUGCCAAAUAUCUCUAUGAUAGAGACUGGUUGAAUAAUGGACACAUGUGUGGUCUGUCAUUUUUAAAAGAGAACUACUCUCAUUUAAAUGCCAAAAAAAUAGUGUCAACACACCACCUCCUGGCUGAUGUGUAUGGUGUUACAGAAAUACUGCGUGGCCUACAGCUGAAGAUUGGGAUAUUAAAGAAUAAGCAUCACCCUGACCUUCAUCUGUGGGCUUGUACAGGUGUGCGGAAGGAUCAAGACCAAAUAACUCUUGAAGUGGAAAGAAGGGUACUGGCUGUGCCAGAUACAGUUAACCCCUCUGAAAGGACGUGUCAUGGUCAAAACCAUAAAGAGCCCCCUAGUUUGCCCCAGAGGAUGGAGGAAACGUACAUUACCAGUGAGCACAGUUACCAGAAACCACAGAGUUUUGGUCAAGACUGCAAAUCGAUGACUGACCCUAUAAGCUCAGAUGACGACACCAGCAGUUUUGAAGAUGAUCAGGAACUUCUCUUAGAGGAUAAAAACUGUUUACAGUAUUCAGCUAAAGAAGAUGGUUUCAGCCAUCAGAGGCAUUCGGCCGAAGGGAACACUGUGUUUGUAUUUAAUGAAAAAAGAGGAGCUGAAGAACAUGUAGAUUCCCGUCUUCAGUGGCAGCUAAAUCUCCUCACCCACAUAGAGAAUGUACAGAAUGAAGUCACUAGCAGAAUGGACCUGAUCGAAAAGGAAGUGGACGUUUUAGAAAGCUGGCUGGACUUCACUGGAGAAUUGGAGCCACCGGAUCCUCUUGCACGGCUGCCUCAGCUCAAGCGUCGGAUCAAGCAGCUCAUCUCCGACAUGGGAAAAGUCCAGCAAAUAGCAACCCUUUGUUCAGUAUGACAAAAAGGAAGAUUUCAGGAUUGCAAAAUAGGUCCUUGCAGUGAAAUUCUUAUGAUCCACAAAACUUUAUGGAAAGGGCAAUUAAAACAGAACAGAAGUUUGAACACUACUCCUUGUUCUGUGCAGAUUCUCUCAUCAUUCUGGAGAAGGGGGGAAAUGGUCAGAAUUUCCAGAAAGGUUCACCAGUAUGUUCUGCAAGAUGGUGAAUUAAUGCCUAGACUAUUCCUUCUAUACAAUGGUGUAGAAAUCUCUACGAAUACAUGUUUUAUAUGUUUUCACAGGCAAUAGCAGAAGGGAAAACUCAAAAGGGAGGGGGAAAACUAUUAAGUCCUCGGAGCGACGCUGAAAGAAGUUGUGAAUCUGCAACGUGUUUCUUCCAGUGUACGUAGCAAAACAAGGAGAUUUGUACCUGCCGGUAUUUUUGAAGGAUGGAAAAAUUGAAUGCCCAUUUUUCCUUGUCCAGUGGAUGUGAUCCAGGAAAAUGAGAAGUACUAGCUUCCGUAAUGAAAAUAGAGGGACUUUGUUUUGUUUUUUUGAGGUGGUCUCUUUAUGAAUAUUAUUUUUUUAAGCAAAACCUUACUUGCAAUGAUCUUAUGCUCCCUUUUUAGAAACAAAAGUGGGAGGGUAGUGGUCAGAAGUGCCAAAUAAUGCUUUCGAAAACCACUGAACCAAGAGUGAGGGUUGUUCAAAGGGUGUUCACCUCUCCCCCCACCCUGACUGCCAGCCAGUCCUCCAUGGUGUCAGCAAAUCCAGAAUCGUACCUAGUUUGUUUGUCUUAUCCAUAGCUGCAGUAUUCAGGGCUCACAGUACAAUUUUAAAUUUAUUUAUCCUGGGUGGCUCUGUUUAUCAUCCUCAGCUGGAUUGAGGAAUGACAAGAGCAUCCAAAAUGCCGGUGGCUGGCUGUGAAAACAGGGUCCCAUUUCCCACGUUAAUCAUUUUUAAACUUUCUCUUAGAGAAUGGGAGAGAGAGAGAGAGAGAAAUCGCAACAUGGGUAGACACUACAUGGGUGUCUACCUGCAAGAUAGACCUGUUGAAUGCCAAGAAUCCGAGAAUAGUUGAUCAGUAUCUGUGUCUUUAUCCCAAAUUCACGUUAUUGGAGAAACUGGAGUGUGAUCUGCAGGAGUGCUUGAUGUGAAUGAAAAUCACAAUGUUGGUUGCUGCCCUUUCAGAGUGGAUCUGGAUGAAAAUCUGUUAUCAAUUUAGAUGCAUUGAGUUAUGAGUUGGCGAAGCAUCCUGAAACCAAAGAUAUUCUCUGGUUGCCGUUUUUUAAUUGUUUCUGGACCAAGUCCGAAGCCUUCACUUUGACCUUUGCUCAUCUGCAUUCUUGCUGCACCCAGUGCUACAAUAUACGUGUUGGGCUAUAUGUGCAUGUGUGUGUAUAUGUAUAUAUAUAUAAAUAUAUAUAUAUAUGCACACCCAUCUACAUACUGAAAUCUAGAGACAUAUUUAUAUUGACACAUCUGGUUUUAUUACAAUAGACUAAGACCUUGGUGACAAAAUAUUUAAAAUGUUACCUUUUAACUAGCAGUUUCUUAAAAAAGAAAAGAAAAUGAAAAUAAUGUAUGUACAGGUUUUGAAAUUUGUAAAAUAAAAAAUAAAAAAUUAAAAACAUUUGACAGUUCAAAAGGGGCUGUGUAACAGGUGACAGCAUGAUACUUGAACUCUUUAUGCCUCCCCGACUGGUCCAGUGCUGGUGAUGGGUAUAAAAGCAUACGUGAGCUGCCUGAUGGGGCAGUAAACUUGAAGUUCCCCGGGAUAAGAGUACAAGCCACUGUACAUUACAAAUGUAUUUAAAUUUGCGGAAACACUGUUCUAUAUGUAAGGUACUGUAUGUAAAGCUGUUUAUUAAACUAUUCUGCAUACUCUGCAUUCUUUCACACUUCUUGUUCACCUGCCUGAAAUACUAUUAAAAAAUUACAGACCACCAGA